AUAAGAAAAAAAGGUUUAUCUUUCCCAGAGAGAGAGAGAGAGAGAGAGAGAGAGAGCUUAAAUUCAUCUGAAAAUGGCUUGCACCUCUGCUAAUUCAUUACUCCAAUUAAAGGGUUCUUCCCACCACAGACCAGUUUUGAAUUUCAGAAGAAACAUCGCUGCUCAUUACUCACCCGGCUUAUUUAACCUAAAGAGUGACGGGUUAAUCCAUAAAGGGUUCAGGCAUCAAAGUCCGAAACAUUUUGUACCUAGGAAUAAAGUUACUGUUAUACGAGCUGUGGCAAUUCCGGUUGAACCGGCUCCGGUGGAAAGUGUGGAGUAUAGAAAACAACUAGCAGAACGCUAUGGUUUCGAGCAAAUUGGAGAGCCACUUCCCGAUAAUGUUACAUUAAAGGAUGUCAUGACUUCUCUUCCUAAGAAGGUUUUUGAGAUUGAUGAUGUUAAAGCAUGGAAAACUGUUUUGAUAUCAGCCACUUCCUAUGCGCUGGGGCUUCUUAUGAUUUCUAAAGCACCCUGGUAUCUACUUCCUUUGGCUUGGGCUUGGACGGGGACUGCUGUAACUGGGUUCUUUGUUAUAGGACAUGAUUGCGCUCACAAAUCAUUUUCAACAAACAAAUUGGUAGAAGACAUUGUGGGAACUCUGGCCUUUUUGCCACUAAUUUAUCCCUAUGAGCCAUGGCGAUUUAAGCAUGACAAACAUCAUGCAAAAACAAACAUGUUGAAAGAAGAUACUGCUUGGCAGCCUGUUUGGAAGGAUGAGUUUGAGUCAAAACCACUUUUGAGGAAAGCAAUAAUAUUCGGAUAUGGUCCAUUUCGAUGCUGGAUGUCUAUAGCUCACUGGUUGGUCUGUCACUUCAAUUUGAAGACGUUCAGACCAAACGAAAUAAAGAGGGUGAAGAUAAGUUUAGCUUGUGUUUUUGCCUUUAUGGCAAUUGGAUGGCCUUUAAUUAUUUACAAGACUGGAAUCAUGGGAUGGAUAAAAUUCUGGUUGAUGCCAUGGCUGGGGUAUCACUUCUGGAUGAGUACUUUCACCAUGGUACAUCAUACUGCACCACACAUACCAUUCAAAUACUCAGAAGAGUGGAAUGCUGCACAAGCACAGCUUAAUGGAACUGUUCAUUGUGCUUACCCUCAAUGGAUUGAGGUCUUAUGCCAUGAUAUUAAUGUCCAUAUUCCACACCAUAUAUCCCCGAAAAUACCAAGCUACAAUUUACGAGCAGCCCAUAAAUCACUCCAAGAAAAUUGGGGAAAGUAUCUGAAUGAAGCUAGUUGGAAUUGGCGAUUGAUGAAGACAAUCUUGACGGUAUGUCACGUGUACGAUAAGGAGCAAAAUUAUGUUUCCUUUGAAGAAGUAGCCCCUGAAGAAUCAAAUUCAAUUAAAUUUUUGAAGGAAGUAAUGCCUGAUUAUGCCUAAUUAGGUCCAACUUGGCUUAUUCUCAUAUAAUAUUUGUGUGUCAGAGUAGAUAGGUAUACCAUUCAUUUUCUUUUUAAACGUUCAAUCUUGUUUAAUAUUGUUCCAUUUUUCAUAUUAUAACAAGGGAAAAUUGCUUGGA